GCAGAGGCUAUAUACGCGUGGCCAUGUGAGAGCAUUUCGAGAAGGAGAGCGGACUCUCCCCACUCUCGGCCGUACCGGGGCAUUCGAGGGUAUCAUUCAACUUCUAACUUGUGAACGAGUUGAAAUCGUUUAGAUAGGGGAGGUGCUGUUUGAGUUGAAAAAUAAACGAAUACACAAAUCGGGAAUAAAAGGGAAUAGACAAGUGAUGCAAUGUAAAAUAAAAACUAAUGUUACCGAAUAUUUGUGAACAUGAUUGUGGGAUCGGGGGUUGAAGCGAGAACAAUUUUCCUAGUCGUAGUCAUCAUCUGGUUUGUGUGUAGACUAGGAUAAUACGCAGAUUCCCAAAUUGAAGAAGGUUGUUCACUUAGAGGUCCACUCCUCGAGUGUUUGACCUAAGGGUCCAAUCCAUAGGACAGUGGAGCAACGUUACGAGAUCUAUGCUCAUGGUAGCCGGAUACUAAUAAUGGGUUCAUAAGCCAUUUGUUACCCCAGGACCAUGGAGCUCAUGUUCACCAUUGGUUUUGAGUCAGGGUUUACCAACUCUGGGUGGAUCCUCCUUAUCCACUAACCUGAAGUUUUUGUCUAAACAGUCGACCUUAAUUUUCAGUAUGUUCCUAUUUCGUUAGUUGACAUAUUCCAAUCAAAUGUGGAUUUGUGUGUUAUCUUAUUUUAGAAAUACAGCUAAACAGUUGAGUCAAACGCACUUUCCACAUCAUCCGUAUCGUAUGGAGUUUUUGCCGAUUCUUUGGCACGAUGAAUUACAUUCGGAUACUGUGACUGGUUUAGACAAACAGUUGGAACAAAUCACUCUUGGUAGUAUACCGAAAUUAAGACAAUUCACAAAUGAUUCAUUAAUGGAUAUAUUGUUUUAUACAAGUUCUAAAUAUUCACAACUAAUUGUAAAUACAGUGGCUAGAGAGAUUACUAGACUACGUGAAUUAUUUAUUUCACGUAAUCCAAACUUUACCGGUAAUAUCUCUAUUAUCGGUCAUAGUUUAGGGGCUGUCAUAUCGUUUGAUUUAUUAUGCCAUCAAGCCGCUUAUAAUUCAUUAUAUACUACCACAACUGAUCAAUCUCCAACAGUAUCGUUGUCUACAGUACAUAAUAAUAACAAUAAUAGAACAAUUGGUAGUACUUUUAUUACUAAUACAGAUUCGCAAUCGAAAAUAAUCAAUGAUGUUGAUGAACUACAUAGUGAAGUAAAGGUCGACCAGUUUACACAUGAUAUUAUGAGUUCUUCCAAAAUAUCAGCAACUACUUUUCCUGCUUCUACGAUAACGAGUGUUACUAGUAGCAUUAGUAGCUGUAGUAAUGGUUCUACAACAAUGGUGACUGAUACAAACACUUCUCUGAAUAUUUCAUCAUUAUCAUCUGCCUCAUCAUCGUCAACUUGUCCGUCGAAAGAUCAUACUAAUGAUGAAAAUAAAAGUGAACAUAGUAUCACUAUGUCAGAUGCAGGACAAAAUGAUAUGGGUGAAUGGUCUAUUGUUGAUGAUUGCGAUCAUCAUCGUAACCGUUCAAAAUCCAAGUUCAAUAAUGAUAAUAAUACGAAUGGAAGCCAAUCACAGCCAAUGCUCAAUUUGUCUCUAAAUAACAUCAGUCAACUUAACGAAAUCUUAUCACAAAAUGGAUUAAAUGUUGACCAAACACGUAGUAUACUUCAAUCAAUCUUAAAAUGGAAUAAAAUUAAUCAACUUAAAAGCAAAUCUGUUGAAGAUUUAGAAAAGGAAAAUAGUUAUCACGAUAUGUUGGUCAAUUCAAGUAUCAUUACUGGGCAAAUUUUACCAAACAUUGUUACAACUGCUUCAAAUUCAAUGUUGACGUCAUUUUGGUUGGAAAAUCAUUGUUUCUAUGCAAACCAGUGCAACAGUAACAAUGCUGGAUUUGGUAUUACACUGCCUAACUAUCCUCAAUUAGGCUUUCCUAUAUCUGGCUUAUAUACAUUAGGCUCACCGAUACCAUUGUUUUUAACUGCACGUGGUAUUAAAACGUUGAGUAGCGAAUUUCACUUGCCAACAUGUUCAACAUUUUAUAACAUAUUUCAUCCAUUCGACCCAGUUGCCUAUCGUAUGGAAACAUUGAUUGAUUCAGAAUUUCAGUGCAUCACCCGAUAUGCAGUUGGUCAACUACCUGGCUGUUGCAAUUAAGCAAUCUGAAUAAAUACCACCGAGUGACAAAUAAAUUAAUAUGUUUGUAAUAUCCCAUUUAGUAGGAAAAUUAGAUUUUCUGACGCUUCGUGACUCAGUGUAUAUAUUAAUUUAUUUAUAACAAUCUACCAAAUGCUCAAUUUAUUCGAAAUUAUCAAGUCAGACCUUGGUAAUGAUACCUACAAACUCAAUAAUAUUACUGAGUGAGUUUAGGCUUCUAUAAUAUAGACAGUUUUCUGGGGUGUUGAAACUAAUCUGACGCAUAGACAGUAUUAGUUGCUGCUUAUAACACAAAGAUGUGUGUUCAGCUGUGUUGUUUGAGAACGAUUUAUCAGAUAAAUUUUUAUUUAAAUCCAGUUAGUGUUAGUAGUUAUCAGUGUAUGUUUUCUUACUAGUAUGUUCAUAUGCUUUGGCAUACUCGAAUGCUGAUGAUGUAUGAGUGACUGAGAUUCCCCAGCUACCGACACUGUUGAUGAACUUGUAUUAGUAAGUGUUGGGGACGUUAGAUCCCUGGAACUCACUUGGGAAAGGAUCUAAUUUUGUAAUUUUACUUAAAAAUUUUGAAUUUCUUUGUUUUCGCACCAAAGGCGCUCUUCUCACCUUCAUGUUGUAUUUCCCACUUGUGAGAAUCUUAAAUGCUAUUGGUCCAUUGUGUCUUUUAGUAUGCUAUUUUGUAAUUCUCCCCAAGGUCGGUUUUGUGCUGUAUAUAUACGUCUUGAUUUGUGUCUGUUGUUAUCGCUCGUUUCUAGCUGUUUGCAUAAUAUACUUCCCCAUUCCAAGCUUGAACUUCUAGUUAGCGGGGCUGGGACGCAUCAAAUAGCUAGCUUAUUGGUUUUGGUCACUGAGUCUUUGUUCCGUUCUCAGUCUAAGGGAACUCGUAACCGCUUCAAACCUAGCAGUAAGCUCAUCGAUCUCGGAUCCUGAUUAAAUGUUCAUGGAAUAUUUAGCUAUCUGGUUUCGUUUGUACGUAGUCUGAUUAAGUUGUAACAGUAAACAAGCUGGACUACCAAUUCAAGUUAGUAGCUACAAUCUGUAUCUUUAUUUAUAUUUACCCGAUGUUUAUAAAAGUAAAACUUUUUAGAUGAUAUCAUUUGUCAUAUGAAGACCAGAGAUGUUUUCAGUUUAAUUCCACUCAUACAAAAUGCUUGUUAUACGACCAGACCUGUGAAUCAUAGUGAGUAUAUACAUGGAAUAUCUUAUUGCCUGAAUAAGGUGAAGAAAGUUGACUUGUAUUCAGAAACCUGAUAAUAAUUGGGAUUGUUUAUUCUUGUUUUUGUAUUCAACAGCGGUUUUUGUUACGAUAUUCACUUCAUUUCGAAAAUCCUACGCUUGUAUUUACUGUUAUUACUGGUUGAUUUAUCGAAUUUAGUAUUAUCGUAUUUAGGCGAAAAGGCUAAUUUUAAAGCGAUCACAAAAAUAAAGGCCCAAAUAUAUGAUCAUUGCAUUUAGCUAAAAAGAUUUAUAGUUGUAACCAUGUGCUACAAUGUUAAAAAAUUAUUCACAAGAUUUCUCUGUUGUUCUCAGUUAUUCUUGUUGUGUAAUGAAUGAAUCUACUGAUCCGACCGAUAGAACCAGUGUAAUUCGAGAAUCAACACACUUUCAAGUUACUGCAUUAUUUUUUCCACCUGUCUGUCUCUCAUCAGACAUACGAUCAGUAUUUAGGUAUUAGACCGUCAGGUCAUAUUUUGUUCUACGGUCCAAUUUAACGACAGUACAUGAUUCCUAACACUUUCCCAAUCUGGUUUACAGACCACGUAGACUUAGAGUGUAUAGGAAGCUAUCUUGCUGGACGGGUUUAGGCAGAGACAUGUAGAGGUUGAUCUCGGCUAGAGCAAUAGUCCGGUUACUCAUUAAUAUCGUAAAUUUAUUUUACUUGAUCUUUUUUGUUUAUUUUAACUCAGACUUUACCGUGCUACGUUUUAUCAAACUGUAUCUAAAAGAUUUUUUUUCAACAUAAAAAUCUUGUAAAAUAUUACUUUUGUUUAGUGUUGUGACGUGUGAACUGCAGAUUAUGGAGCAGCGUUUUAUUAAUUGAUUACAGUGACACGUAAAACACGUACGGACGACCUAGAGUCUCGAUUGGUCCUGCUUCGCUGUCUGACCCAGCCAGUUGAAUCCAGAACACAAGUCACAGCCUCUGAGAUAUGAAUGAUUGUAUUUCAGACAUACUCUAUUUAUAUACCAACCAAACAGACCACAUCGUACCAUAAAAUAGAAAACAACAUCUGUACAAUAUUUAACGAGUGAAAUAAAUAACGGCCAAUAGGGAAUGUCCAUUUGAGGUCCAAGGACAUCAUUAGACUUAACAUGAUAAUGAUUGGUAUAUUAUUCUGCAUCCAUAACAUUUAGCAAAUCAGAUUCUAUAGAUAGUAAUAUCUAUUUGUCCUUGUAGUAGUGUACUUGAUUUAGUAGAUUAGGUGUUUGUUAUACGAAUUACAAGUCUAUGGGUUUUUUUUAAAUUACUGUAUUUUUUGUUGGAAAACAUAUCAGUAAAUUUAUUUGAUAUAACAUGCAGCGACAUAGAUUAAAUAUCGGUUAGAUACAUACAUAUACGUACUCACGUCAUGACUAUCUUACUGUUCAGAUUUCCUAAUAAGUUUAUCUGUGUUAGUAAGCUAUAAAUACUCUAACCGAUAACUUGUACACACCUUUGCAAGAUUCUCUGUGUUAUGUAAUGAAACUUUAUACAGAGAGAUGGUGUUAAUUUCUUGGUACGCUUUCACAACUUUUUAGCCAUGUAUUCGAUUUCGAUUUCUUCUUAAAGAUGAAUAUUGACAGUUAUCAUUGUUUUUCAGCAAAAAUCUGUCCUCAUUCCACAUCAUAAAGGUCGCAAACGUAUACACUUACAAUUGAAAGAUAAUUUAGCCUGGGUCGGUUCUGAAUUAAAAAGUAAAUUCUAUAAUUCAGUUCAAUCUACUUGGCGCAGUCUACAUGAAUUUGCAUUGGCUCAUAAAUUUAUUAGUGCCUCAGGUGAAUUAGGAUCUGGUUCUACUGCAUAUACUUGUGGUAACAGUUCAAAUGGAGAUGAAUUAGACGAUUAUGAAAAUGUUUGUAAUCUCACUGACAAUCGUAAUGAUGUUGUUACAACAACUUAUCGUAAUUUAACAACUCAUGAUUUAUCUUUUAACAGUCGACUUAAUCAAGGUAGACGUAUAGAUUAUGUUUUACAGGAAGCUGCUUUGGAAAGCUUCAAUGAGUACCUUUUUGCGCUUACAAGUCAUGGAACCUAUUGGGAUUCAGUGGACACUGUGUUAUUUAUACUAACAGAAGCAUAUUCCGAAAAAGGUAUAGCUCCUAUAAUGCCUGGUCAGAAGAAUGUGCCUGAAAAUACAAUUCAUGUAAGAGCAUUAUCAUCUCUUACAUCUGCCGGUUCAACUUCUGUUCAUUCUAUGCUCAAUCCAUCUUCUGUAACAGCAGAUUUGUUAGUAAAUGUAAAUAAUGAUCAUCAGGUGCCUGCAUCUCAACAAGUCGAUCAUUUAGUUUCCUUAUCUUCUGUCAACCAAAAUCAACCUUAUCCUAUUACAACUACUGUAGCUAGUACUGUUUCUUCUAUUUCCAGGAUUUCCAAUAUUCAAGGUCAACUGCCACCAUCCUUACCAUACAUAACACCUCCCCCAGUAAUUCUCACCACUACCACUAAUAAUAAUACUCAUUAUAUGCAAACUAUGGUUACCGAUUCGUACUACCAGAUGCCAAUUAGUCAGCACUAUUCCUCUGCAGGUCCACCAUCAUCUCAUAUCUUCUCUGACUGUUUAACUCAAAAAUAUAUUGCUCCACAAAUUUCUGUUUGUAUGUCACAAGGUGAGUGCUUUCAAUGUUUCUACUGUUUUUUUCCUUUGGUUGUUGUCUCUCAUACCCAACUGUGUGAUUGUUUGCAUGUAAGUGUGUGUUUGUGUGAGGAGUAGACUGGUGGUAGGCAAACAAUCUUUUUUGCCCCCAAAUGCCCUGGUACGGCCGAGAGUGGGGAGAGUCCGCUCUCCUUCUCGAAAUGCUCUCACAUGGCCACGCGUAUAUAGCCUCUGCCAGGGAAGUCCUACUCACUGCCUUCUCGUGGCGGGGGGUGUUGUUUACGGAAUUGAAAGGACGAAAAGCGAAUGUCCGGCGCUUUAACCGGAUUCCAAACCAAUGGUGCACAUGGACUCCAGUAUCCUGCGGGAACAUAUGGCGUACGAACCAAUUGUUGGUCAUCGGCUUCUAUGGGGCUGCAUCUCCUUACGAUGCUCCACUGCCUUGUGGAUCAGACCUUCAGGUCGAAGGCUCGGGGUGUGGCCCCCUAAGGAAACCACCUGUUUCGGUUUGGGCACCCGGGCAGUAUCACAGCCCCCACACAUAUAAAAUGAGAUCUGUGUGGCGCAUAUGUAUUUGGUGCCUCCUUGUACCAAUAUCUAUGUGUUAAAAUAAAUAAAUAAAUAAAUAAUAAACAGAUUUUACCUUACAGAUAGCUGACCAGUUUUACAUAUUAGUGGUACUGUGUUUCAGCUUUCAGUCGUUUUUUUCUCAUGUUUGGUUCAGACAAUCGAAUAUUAUUUCCAACCGCUUAAAUGUCUAACACGUUUAAUAGCGUCUGGUCUUCAGAUUUGUGGAGCUAUUGUUUGGCAAAAAUAUCAUGAUUUAUUUAUAUUUUCCACCAACUUGAAAUUACAAAUCGGAUAAUGACUGAGUGAUUUAUGCUGAUUAGUACAAUGAAAGACUAAAAUAUCCCAUAAUAUUAUUCAAACCGGGUAACAGUUUGAAUUGAAAUCUCAAUUAAUGGACUUUUUACCAACAAUCUGAAAUGUUGAUUUUGAAUGUAGUCGUUUACCUAUUAAUGUGAUUCACCGAGAUUAGUUUAUGAAUACUUGCCGAGAAUAGCAGCUGAUUUGCAUGAAGGAGUCAGUAUUUUAGGGCAUCAAAAAGAGUGUCUAAUCACAUUGAUUACAUAUUUUUAUCACCAUGUUUCCUCCUAAAUUUAUCAUGUUAUUUUUCUCCAUAAUUUAUUUCCUCGAUGAUUCCACUGUUAUUCGUUUGUUGAUCUUAUCAUUGUAUUGUCUGUAAACGUUCACAUGUAGUAUGCCAUAAUGUGUUAUUUUAGAAAGAAGUUUAAGUACGCUUGUAAAACUCAAAAUACAAAAAUACAUUGAUGAACGGUAGUUUUACACACUAUUUCCUUAAAUAGUAUAUGUCGAUAUCAAACUAAGCGGAAAAGAAAGACUUCUCGUUCGUUAAUUUUUCUUGUAUCAGGAUGUAGGCCAACUGCUCUUUCUUAACUAUGCUCAGAUAACCGUCUAUUUCUGACAAACACCAGCUUUAAACAUCGUCUGAACUGGCGAUAUCCACAAUCGAUUCAUCGAUCGACUCAAAUGGAUUACAUUCAUAUUUUGCCAUCAUUGGAGGGGCUCGAUUGAAAACUGUCGUUCAUUCUAUAGUACAUUUAGACUCUAAUCCUGCUCUAGUUCGAGCACGUAUUUGUCUGUGUAUUACUGUACGUAGAAGAGCCACAGCAAGAAAACCACUUAGAGUUCAGUUCAACUUCAUGAUGCAAAAGUUGAAAAUAUAUUUCAGGAACAGCUACGGAGUGAGUCAAUCGUGAAAGUGAUAUCCACCCUGAAGCAGUUUGGCAUGUUAUCCAAAAAAGCUCUGGAAACAGCAGUGAUAUCUACCAGUAAUCUAAAUCAAAAGGUGAAGAAAAAUCAGUGGAUUACAGCGACGUCUGCAGGACUUAUCGAUGCUCUGAAACUCAUCCUGUCUGACUGUGAUCAUGAUGAGGAACGGAGGAUGCUUAAACGUAGGCUUGUUGAAAGCCUACGUGAUGGUCAUGAGCAGUGGUGGGUAGAGGAAGCAUAAGAGAUGAAAAAGGCAGCAGCUACAGGUAACAGUAGACAACUGUCCAAACUUAUCAAGGAAACGGGUGUUAAAAAUUCAUCUGUUAGUAAAACUAUCUAGGGUAAAGUUGGGACUAUUAUUCAUUUUCAAUCCGGGAGAUAACCGGUAGGUAGAACACUGGAGAACAGUUCAACUGGCUUUCAACCACAAUUUGCUUACUCAUUAUCUCCAAGCAACCUGAAUGGUAAACUUAUGUAAUUCUCCCAACUAUUGAGUCUGAAAAUGCUAUAAGUGUGGUACAUGCUACUUAUAUAUUUCGAUUUAUUAUUUAUUAUUUAUUUGGACACAUGAAUAUUGGUACAAGAGAGCGCCAAUAUAUAUGCGCCACACAAAACACAAUGAAAAUUCGAGAGGAAUACAAAGAAAGAAAAAAAAGCUAAGGAGCGCAACAAAAAAAAAGAGAGAACAAUAACGAAGAGAUUGGUGUAAGGUAAUGUGCUAGUAAUCAAGGAACGCAAAGGUACAAUCAGAAGAAAUCUUUCAGGUAAGGGAGACAGAACCACUUUUUAUGAAGAAAGUAAAAGAAGGUUACAGCAGGAUCGCCACUGGCUUCUAUUCUGAGCCAUAUCUGAUAACGUCUCUAGCCACUGUGUAGCAUCAUCUCUCAGACCCCAACCAGGGAGUCGUGAAGGACCGACACAAGCCAGCCCUUUGGAGCUUUCUUUCAUGCCACGACACCAUGUCAUAUACUGACCACCUCUCCGCUUCUUCCAACCAGUCCCAGAGUCGGCAAAUAAUGCACGACGUGGAAUUCUCUGGGACGACAUUCGGAGAACAUGUCCAAUCCACCGAAAUCGGUGUUUCAAGAUGGUGACACCAAUUGCAUUAUCGCGUCUGUGUCCGAACACACGAUGCCGAACCUCUGCAUUACUAACAUGGUGUUGCCACUGGAUGUCAGCAAUCCUUCGGAGACAGUGAUGAUCAAACACAGAGAGUUGUCUAACGUCCUCAACUCGGAGUGACCAGGUUUCACAAGCAUAGAGCAAAACUGCUCUCACCGACGCGUUGUAGAUCCGACCUUUUACGGCCAGACUAACAUCACGAAGGCGCCAAAGGUGGCCCAGAUUGGCAUAAGCCGCUCUGGCUUUCACUAUACAUGCAUUGAUCUCAUCACUCACACCCCCCACCAGCACUUAUGCAGCUACCCAGAUACACGAACUUCUCGACUACGUCUAUCUGCUCACCAUCCAGGGUGAGUACAGGAUUGGAAUCCUGCCAGUCUUGUAGAAGUACUUUGCACUUCGAAG